AUGGAGAUCUUUACUGAGUUCCCGAUCGGGAAAGCUACCUAUGAGCGGUUUCGAAUCUCGCUUAUGAAUCGCUCCAUCCUCUCUGGGGACGUGCACGUUUUUGUUCAGAAGAUGGAUGGAACCGAUCUGAAAGAGAUAAUGAAGGUGAUUCCGCUGUCUUACGUGCUACAUUCAUAUUUCAUGCUUCACGACAUAUUCGGUCGUGCUGUGGCAGAGACCGAGAAGAGAAUCGGACGCCCAUCAUCUGUGGUCACCAUUCUCGACCUCAGAGGUAUGAACGUGAGCGAAUUUCUGAACCCACUUUCGGCUCCCGUACAACUAGCUCGACUCGUUGUGAAAAUCUGGGCCGAAUAUUUUUGUGAAAAUAUGUGCAAGCUGCUCAUCAUCAACCCUCCCGCUAUCAUGUCAUUGAUGUUUAAAAUCUCGAAAUGCAUUAUGGAUGCUAAAACGUUCAGUCGCCUGUCAUUUCUCGAUGACUACUCACAAUUACAUAAAUAUCUUGAGCCUCAUGCAAUUCCUGUUGAGUAUGGUGGCACGUGGCGAGAUGAUUCCGGCUACUCAAAGCCUCCCGAGGGGUGCACUCGUCCGCACAAACCCGUUACAAGCGCAGAGUACAGAGGAGUCGACGAUGUCUGGACUGACUACGGGAUUAUCAAGCCACCGCCAAGUAAAACGUUCACAAUCAAAAGCUAUCAGUCUUGCGAACUUGUUAGAAAAUGCACACAAGCUGGUCGUCUGAUCUGGAACUUCACAAUCAGUGGCGACGUCGAGUUUGAAAUUGUACGACGCGAGGCAGGAAAAGAAGUUAAAGUUUGGCCGAAGAUCACCCUGACAAGUUUGAAGUUACCCGAAUACGGAAGUAUAACAGUGAUCCCGGCCGAGUAUGUGGUGCGAUUCCACAACCCAUCGUCUACGUGGUUUGCAGUUAAAGUCACAGGAGCGGCCGAAAUCAAAGCUGAAUAG